UAUCUUUUUUAUUUUCUUCUUUCCCACUUUAUGUGUGUAUAUAAACAAAGCUGCGCAAACCCAUCAACCAUCCUCCUUACCACUCACUACUUCUCCAUUCAUUUUCUCUCUCUGCAUGAGAAUUGAGAAUUGAGAAUUGAGAAUUGAGAGAGGGAGAGAGAGGAAGAGAGUUCUAGGGUUACUCAUAUCAUCACCAACUGAGUCUAAGCUUCUUCUUCUAUCCUUUUAGUUUUCAUUUUGUGAGAGAGAGAGUUUCACUUUGAGUUUGCUGUCAUGGGUGCACUAGCAGACAGCCACCAUCCUUGGGCAUUCACAUUUGGUAUCCUAGGAAAUGUAAUCUCGUUCUUGGUUUACCUAGCCCCAGUGCCCACAUUUUAUGGAAUUUACAAGAAAAAAUCAACUCAAGGUUUCCAAUCGGUGCCAUAUCUGGUAGCAUUGUUCAGUGGGAUGCUUUGGUUCUACUAUGCGUUGCUGAAAAAGAAUGCUAUGCUUCUCAUCACCAUUAACUCCUUCGGAACUGUAAUAGAAACUAUCUACAUCGUCAUGUUCAUUUUUUAUGCACCAAAGGAUGCUAGGAAAUUCACCCUGAAACUAUUUGGUUUUAUGAACGUGGGGCUCUUCUGCUCGAUCCUUGUCCUUUCACACUUUGCUGUGAGAAGUGAAUACCGGGUCCCAGUUCUUGGCUGGAUCAAUGUCGCCAUUUCUGUCAUUGUUUUUGCUGCCCCCUUAAGUAUUGUGGCACAGGUCAUCCGAACAAGGAGUGUGGAAUUCAUGCCAUUUAGCUUAUCAUUUUUCCUUACAUUGAGUGCCGUAAUGUGGUUUUCCUAUGGUCUUUUCCUCAAGGACAUUUGUAUUGCAAUUCCAAACGUGUUGGGUUUUAUUCUGGGGUUACUUCAGAUGCUGCUCUAUGCAAUCUACAGAAACCGCAAACCCAUAGAAGAUGAUGAGAAAAAGAUACCAGCUGCUGAUCAGCACGUGAAAAACGUUGUCGGUUUAACCACAUUAGCAACUUCCGAGGUUCAUCCGGUGGAUCCUCCUCCGCGUGACCACGACAAAAGCGUGGAGGUGGAUGCAGGCUCUCACACUGCUGCAGCAUCAUGUGCAUAAUUAUAUAUACACAAGUCAUGAUGAAUCCGGCGUCGUUUCAUGUGUGUGUGUAGUGUAGGUAGCGCCCGCUCCAGGCCAAUACUGCAUGUCGUUUCACAUGUGCUUUGGUCCCUUUUGUUAAUGUUUGUCUCUGCUAAAUGCUAAUUAAUUCGCUGUGUCCAUGCGUGGAACUGUGGGCAGUGCUAUCGAUGUAUUAAGAAGUAACCGACGAGGGUGGGAAGAAAGCUACAGCUAUACCGUACGCUUGGCUUGGCUUCAAUUCUACUCAUUAUUAUUAUCAUAAUUAUAUUAAUAAUAAUAAUAAUAAUAAUACUUAAUUGUGAUA